AUGCUAUAUUGGAGAAGCUGCCUCGACAAAGCCGCUUGCCCCGCGCCCUGGUAUUCUGCGGACCCCCAGCGCGUCGAGACCUACAGGAAGGACCUCGCGCCCUUGCCCGACACGUCGACGGCCCCGGCCGCCGUCGCUCGUCGCAUCGGCCAGGCCGACCGCGACUGCGUACUGGGGUGGGCGGCGAAUGCGGAGUUCGAGCCGCCGCCCGAAACCACGCUGGACCCGCGGGCUUUCCCAGAGGCGAAGCUCCCCGCGGCGCUGCGACGCGGGUUGCCCAUCCACUCGCUGGACGAAGCCGGCCCCGCUUCCACCUACACGGGCCUGGACAUCGGUGACGACGACGGCUGGGCGAGGGCGAAGCUUGCCAGCGUUGCGAGGGCUAAUGCAGUGGACCCCGCGGAGCUCACGGGCAAUUCGGUCUGCUCGGAGGCAGUCACCAGUCGCCCGGUCACGCCUCAGGACCCCGACGGCUUCAAGGUGCGGGGCCACCCUCGGGCGGGGCACUUCGCUGAUGGGGCGAUCAGCCUCUUGGAGGCGUCGGCGAUCACCGACGCGACCAGAGCCCGCUUCUUGGGCCUCGCGCUCGGGCCCCUGGACGGGAUCGGCAUGCACUGCCACGGCUUCGGCGCUACGGGCGGGCCGGGCAUCCUGACGAUCGCUUGCCUGACCGACUUGACCCAGGGCGGUUUCGACGCCACCGCGGGCAGGAGUGACGGACGAACCAGCGCCGUCGAGCACUGGCCCGCGGCGCGCGCGCUGACGCAUGGCGCGCCCGAGGUCAGCCCCCCACGGGACUUCAAGCCCGCCGACGUCCGCGCGAUGUUCCGACGGGCUCUGCUGGAGCUCCGGCUGCAGAAGGGGGCAGUACUUAGCGCCCGCGGCUGCGGCCGCGAAGCAGGUACCGGUCUGCUUUCCGUCGUGCUCACAGGCGAGAUUCCGGACAUCCUGCGCCGGGGGCAGAUCGGAAUGCGGGUCUCAGCCUGCCUGACCGGGCCGUCGAGGAACUUCACGUGCGAGCCCCACAUCCGCUUCAUCACCAAAUCCAUUCUCUUGCGUUUCGGGGGCGCUCUCGCUGCGCCGCAGGCCGCGCGCCCAGCGGAGGCAGCGAGCACCGAACACCAGAGGCACGCCGAGGUCUCCGGAGCAGUCCUGGCGCGUGAGCAGGGGGAGCCUCAGCGCCCUCAGCGCCCGCUCCGGCAGGGCGCUGAGGCCGCAGAGAAGCACACGUUCGCUCUAGGCCAGUCGGCGCGCCUUGUCGGCCUCAGCCGGGGCCGUGGCGGGCUCGACGAGUUGAAGGAGGACUUCCCCGUCGACCCCGCCCCGGAGUCAGCGCAGGUUGCAGACGACGUAGACGCGGACGCUGGCGCCGAGGACGAGAACCUCGGCGACACCGCCUUAGAGUCCGCGCAGGUCGAGGGGGACGCUGACUAG